GAAAAAAUGAAACAUUACCGCCACCAUAAUCAAGUUGUCUCAUCAUUAUCGUCGGUAUGCACAAUAAUGGCGGUGGCAUUGGCCUCCUUGUCAAUGCUGCCACAUUUAGCAUGUGCCACAACAGAAGUCCAAGAGACACCAUUGGCUUUGCCAGUUGGCGAACAGACACAGCCGACAACAGCAUCGCAGGGUGAAAUCUGGGAGGAAGAUGAUCAUGAGAUAUUAAUACGCAAUGAACGUGGCACAAAGAAUGAUGGUUUAUCCUGUCGGUAUGGCAAGAAUCCAUGGACUGAAUGCGACACAAAGACUAAUACACGCUCAAGAACGUUGACAUUGAAGAAAGGUGAUCCAGCCUGCGAUCAGACACGAACUAUCCAGAAGAAGUGCAAGAAAGCAUGCCGCUAUGAAAAGGGCUCCUGGUCCGAAUGUGCCACCGGUCAAAUGACACGCGCCGACAAAUUGAAAGCAACAAGCGAUCCAUCGUGCGAAGCAACACGUGUCAUCAAGAAGAACUGCAAACCAGGCAAAUCCAAGGAUAAGACUGCCAAGGAACAGCGUAAAAAUAAAGAUAAAGGUGCCCGCAAAGGACGUGCCUAAUUUCCUUUCUAAGUCUUAGCUCACAAAAAAGACUCCCAGCGACAUUUAUCUCUGAAAAAACAACUAUGAGAGCGCAAGUAAAUCGAAUCGAAACCAAAUUCAA